AUGUCUUCUCACAACACUUUCAGGACCAAGCAAUUCCUGGCCAAGAAACAAAAGCAAAAUUGUCCCAUUCCCCCAUGGAUUCAAAUGAAAACUGGUAAUACAAUCAGGUACAACUCCAAGAGAAGACACUGGAGAAGAACCAAGCUGGGUCUAUAA